GGAUGUUGAGGUGUGUGGUCUCCCGGUGUCCGAACCGCACGGUGCCGGUGAACCGGGCCGUCUGCAGCCGGCCGGGGAGGAGGUUCUUCGGCUUCCCCAGAGAGCCGGGCCGGGCCCGGGUGUGGCUGGCGGCGCUGAGGGAGACGGAGCAGCAGGACUCCGCCGAGCACCACGUCAUCUGUGAAGACCACUUCCUGCCAGAGGACGUCACCGCCAACGGGGUCGCCGGGGACGCCAUUCCCAUCAUGCCCCCUUACCUGGACGGGCCGCUGGGCCAGCUGAGCUCCUGGGGGGCCGAGUCCUCCGAGGAAGAGGAGCAGUGGGUCACCGGAGACUGUGAGGAGGAGGAGGAGGAGGAUGAAGAAGAAGAAGAAGAAGAAGAAGAAGAAGAAGAAGAAGAAGAAGAGGAUGAAAGUGGAGAUGAUGCUCCUUCUUCACCAGAUCAACCACAGCAGAAUCCAGGUGGAGGUCUGGAGAAUCCUCCAGAGGCCGGGAGGACGGAGAGGACCGGUUCUUCCCUGCAACUGAGGAAACAAUCCAACCAGUCCAAGAGAUUCAGCAGGCAUGACGGCUCUCUGGGUCUGCUGACUCUGCGUUUCCUGGAGCUGCUGCUGGCGGCUCCAGACGGCGCCCUGGACCUCCGGGACGUCGCCGCCAUCCUGCGGACCAGCAGACGGCGAGUCUACGACAUCAUACACGUCCUGAACGGGUUCGACUUCAUCCAGAAGGAGUCAACCAACUGGGUCAAGUGGAUAGGAAAGACUCCGAUCUCCUGCUUUCUGAGGAGGAACCUGCAGACGUUCCAGAAGGAGCUGGAGAACCUGAAGCAGGUGGAGGACCAGCUGGACGGCCUCCUCAAAAGCUGCUCCCAGCAGCUCUUUGACAUUACAGACAACGUGGAGAACUCUGCGUCGGCCUACGUGACCCUCGAGGACAUCAGACGGCUCAGAUCCGUCCAGCAGCAGACGGUCAUCGUCAUCAAAGCUCCGGAGGAAACCAAGCUGGACAUUGCUCCUCCUCAAGAGGGCAGCAUCCAGGUCCAUCUGAGGGGGGGGAGGGGUCCCAUCAUGGUGCUGACCUGUGAGAUGGGGUCAGGAGACACCGCGACCUCUGACCCCGGCUUCUUUCAGACCCUGGAGGAGAGCCGGGUCAGGACCACCAGACUGCACACAGCAGAGGCUUCAGGUCAGAGUGCGUAGCCGACCAGCAGAGGGCGCCGCUGUCCUCGGGGUUCAUGACGAGAAGACGACGUCAUAGAUCGUCUGCAGGUACCGACCGGUCGACACUACACACGACCGGAACAUUUGAACUGAAUGUCAUGAAGAGAAUUAUUCCUUUAUUUAAAUCCCACUGAGAG